AUGCGAAAAGAGUGGGAACAGGAGGGGAAAAUAUGCAAGCAUGGUAGAGAACUCUACAAGCUCGGAGUGCGAACGGGCAAAGCGAUCCUCGAUAUAGGUAUCGGGGCACAUAGAGCAAUUAGCUCGGCUAUUACGUAG